AUGUCGAAUAUUCCAAUCGAUCCAGGAGCACCGGUGCGUCCGACUCACCACCGACCACCAGCACCACCAAGAAUUCCACCUCAAAAUGGCGAUGGUGAUACUAUGGAACGGCUUUUUCAAGCGUUAUUCUAUCGAAUAGCUGUUCUCUAUGCGCGUGCGGUUCCUAAGCAUAUUCGUCGACUAGGAGAAACUGCGAUACUUGUUAUGGCAAUAACUUGCAUGGGUUUACUUGUUUAUCUUCAUAUUGUUUUUAAUCAAAAACCGGUAACAUGUCUUUCUCAUUUACAAGAUACUUGGCCAAGGCAAGGUGUUCUUCGCGUCGAAUUAUUCUUCGAAACACCACCGGAAGGUUACAACCUUCAACAAUCCUAUGCAAAAGAAUAUCAAAGUAGUUACACUUCAUAUCAGGAAGAGAAUUCAAAUGUAUCUCAACAAAAUAUUCCCAUUGUUGAGAUUAAUAAUUAUUCAUCUGAACAAUUAUAUACGAAUCUGAGCGUCCAUUCGUCAUUCGAAUCUUCCGAAGGUUUACCAGUAAAUAAUUCCUCGAAUUCUUCGAUAAUUAAUGGAAAUAUCGAAGAUGAAGACGAUGAUUUGUUGACUUUAAUUCAUGAUUUUUUAUUCAAUUUUAAUUGGUUAAAAGAUUUAUUACUCGAGGAACAACAUAUCCUUGAAUAUUCACUCGAGUAUGGAUUUUUACGUUUACCACCCGAAACUCGUAAACGUCUGAACAUCGAAGUUUUCUUAGUCACCUUAGACAUAUCCAACAAUACAUGUUUUGGCGGUGGUCUUAGUCGAUUUCUACUCGAUCAAUUCGUCGGACAUCAAGAAAUUAUCAUGUCCAGCAUAAAACAACUAGCUGAAAAGGAAACUCAUAAAGGUUACGUGCGAAAUGUGCUAACAAAUGAUCAUUUCCGUUUCGUCAGUGCAUGGCAGAAUCGUCGUUGGUGGACAUAUUUCGUUGCUUUAUGUGUUAUGGUGAUUUUUACAAUUAGUAUUUCAAUGCUUCUACGAUAUUCACAUUUUCAAAUUUUUCUAUUUAUUGUCGAUCUUUUAAGAAUGAUUGAGCACAAUACCUCAGUCGUUUUCCCAGCGGCUCCAUUGUUAACAGUCAUAUUAGCUUUAAUCGGUAUGGAAGCGAUCAUGUCGGAAUUCUUCAACGAUGCUUCAACAGCUUUUUAUAUUAUUCUCAUCGUUUGGAUAUCCGAUCAAUAUGACAGUAUCUGUUGUCAUACAGCUAUUAGCAAACGACAUUGGGUUCGAUUCUUUUAUAUCUAUCAUUUUGCAUUCUAUGCAUAUCAUUCACGUUACAACGGUCAAUAUUCGGGUUUAGCAUUGACUACAAGUUGUUGUUUCAUUUUUCAUUCGAUGUUAUAUUUUUUCCAUCAUUUUGAAUUGCCGAUUAUUGAAGCCCAGCUUUUCCUCUUUGUCGAUCAGAACAUCAUCACUCAACCGGCAGCAACAACAACAACGAUAACGACGACGGUGACGACAACUAUUACCACAACCACGACUGCGAUUGAAAGAACUGAUUCAGAAGAUCCUCCAUCGACAAAUUCGUAA